CUUGAGAACAAAGCAAACACUCAGCAUGGCAUCCGCAAGCUCCUCGCAGUCCACAUUCAGACUGGGCCGCAGCAAGAAGAACCCGACCGUUAUGGAUCAGAUCGGAAAGUUCUUUGGAGGAGACAAGAAGAGGAAGGGAAAGGGAUCUUUCCGUGGAGCUCUGUCUGCCUCACCUCAGAGAUCGAGCUCAUCACCUCGACGCCGUGCGGAUGAGAACGCUGUCAUGCAUUUUUUCAGAAACAUUGUUUCACCUUCUACUCCCAAAUCUAGGGGAGAGCAUAAGUCAAAGAGCUCUGCUAAAGGUCCAAAAGGACGUGGAGAAAGUCAAGGCACCUUUACCAGGAUCUUCAAAAGGGGAGGAAGCCAGUCUGCCUCAUCUACCAAGCGUUGAUGUCCCAGUGCAGAUUUAAAAAUCAGGAGGAAAGGGAGAGAGAUGGAUGGAUUUGUCUUUUCUUAAUUCUAAUUCAGUAACAAAGACUUGAAUAGGCUUUUGCAUUGAUUGAUAUGUGACAAAACAAUCUGUGUCCUGAGAAUUUUUCCUGUUUAAUCUUGUCAGCGUUAUACUAAUCGUUGAUGGGUCGCUGUCAGAAUGAAUCUAAUCUGACACUGAUAAUGAGUCAGUUUGAGCUCCUCUCACGACUGGUUAGGUCAACAGCCAUCAGUCUAGAAAUGUUUCUGUCCCUUCUCUGUAUCGUUCAAUCUGUGCACAGCUUCAGUGUGGUCAGUCUCACUCGCAGUAUUUUGUUUCUUAGACCCUAAAUGUUUUUAUUUUCUUCAUGGCUUGGCUUACACGAUUUAUUUCUCUGUUAGCGUUAUUCCAAAAACAGAAUCAUGGAAAAGAUGCCAAGAUUUACACUGCGUAUCCCAUAAUCCAUUGAACAUGUCAUGUGUGUCCUGGUAUUUAUUGACUGACUUCCAUAACUGGAUUUUUCAACAUUAUGAGAAUUUGUUUCUGGAGAUUUUGGUUUAAUUUAUUAACAGACAAACCUCCAGUCCAAUUCUUGUGUUAAAUGUAUGAUGAGAAACACACAUACAUACCAAUCUAAGACCACACUUCCAUUAGGAAUCAAAAGCUAUAAAACCACAAACAAAAAGGCUAAAUGUGUCUCAUACAAACUAAAACAUGUUUUACAUGUCGUUUAUGUUGAUGUUACAGCAAAUUCACUAAUACAUUACAAUGAUUAAAAGUGCAAAAACAAAUGUUUGUAUUUCUCUUUUUUUUUUUUGUCCAGCUGAUUUUACACAUUUCACUAAACUAAGGUCAACAUUAUCAAAAUAAUUAACAGCCAUUGGAACAAUACUCAAUUUUCCUAAACAGAUCAUGUAGAUCAUCACAGAUCAGCAUUUUCUGUUUUUGGUGAUUCACGUUCUUUGUGCAUAUCGGCCACUGCUGGGUAGGAUGGAGAAUUUAUAGUAAAAAAAGGACUUAAAUAUUGAUCUGUUUCUCACCCCAAUUAAGUAUUUCUCUUGUUUAAAUUAACCAAUUGAUUACAUCAUACUUUCCAGUGCUACAGAGGGCAUUCUGGGAGUGCUCGGUUAGCACUCAAAAGUCUGUGCAGCCACUUGCACUACAGCUCUACUCAUUUG